ACUGGCUGAGUCGGUCACUGAGCAUUUCCAAUUUUCCCCUCGAACACACUAAUUAUUCGGUGCAAAUCAAACGCUCCGGUUUCGAGUUUUCUCCUUCCUCGAGAUCGGGGUGGAGGGUUUGGGGAGCUUCGAUCGCUCCUCUGUGAGGUUUAAGUAUCUAAAAGAAAUGGCCGACGAUAAGAAAGAUGGUGAAAGGGCUUCUCCUCACGGAGCUGAGUGGGAGGUCGUGUCUCUCACGGCAUCUGCGUACGCCGCAUCGCCCGGCCCGAGGCAAUUUGAUCCGGCGGGCGAAAGUAAAGAUUCCGAAUGUAUCGCAAAAGAACAUGAAUCGCCUCCUGCGAUGUUCAUGUCCGGCCACUUUUCGUUGCCACAAGAAAAGCUCGAAACCCCUUGGACAGAAACUGAUAAGAAAGUACUGCAGUAUGAGUUAGCUGAUCAAAAUGUAAGCUCUGGGGCGAAGAGAGUUGAUGAACCUGACGAAUUCUAUGGAGAAAGUUGUAGGAAUAAAUCAACUGAUGAUCUACAUGGAAUUAAGUUUUGGGACAAGGAACAGAGUCUUUCUGUUGUCGAUAUGGAGUUCCACACUGAAUCAGAGAUAAGUAGAUUGGUUGAUUGUACUCAGAAUAGCACCAAUUCUGAACCGAAUGAUCCUUACUGCGUAAAACAGGAAACUCUUGCCGAUUCUAGAAUUGCUUCUGAAUUGAAAGAAGAAAAUGAGUACAAGGGUUCUGGCCUUCAGUGUGAAUCAUGGUGGAAGAGAAAGAUGACAUUUUUGUAUAAUAAUGCGAAAGAACCAAACGCGUUCUGGUCUGUGUUUGUGGCCGCUGCUUUGAUGGGCCUAGCAAUUGUCGGGCAGCGAUGGCAACGAGAAAAAUUGCAGCUUCAGCAAAUUAAAUUGCAGUUUAAAAUCAACGAUGAGACAAGCAGUUUUAAGUGUCAGUAUGGGUAAUGCCUGGCAGUUCUCAUUAAGAGCCAGAAACUUUCCUUUGAUUACAGAAGAUUAGCUGCAUUGUGGGACCGUUCAGCCGGGUCAAAGGCAUUCUGGUUGCUGGCGGUCAACAUGGCCCUGUGAUCCCCGGUGAGGCCGUGUUCAGCUUAUAAAUCUUCUGUUGUUAAUGAUGACGAACAACUAUCAACCAAUGCAAGGUUUCCAAGGAUGAAUACCAAUGGUGGCGGCCCGAAUUUUAGCUCUUAGAUGUGAUUAGGUUUUCACAUUGUUCUAAUGCUUCGGUACUGUAAAUAUUGAAGUCUUUAAGCUCUCUUCAAAUCAGAGCCUGUAAGUCUGAAUUGUCGGCGUAUAAAGAACUUGUGAUAUGUAAGAAUGAGUUGUGCGUGUAUGUAUAAAGAAUGCGUGGUAUGUAAAUAUGAGUUGUGUGUAUAAAAAGAAUUAAAGAUUCUAUUGAGUGCAAAAUCUUAUAAUCACCUGCUCUGUUCA